CGCCGGCAUAACAAUUAAUUCUAAUUGAAAUUAGCACGUUGGCUUCAAUCAGAGAUGCUUUUUACCGCAUAAACAUAUGAUUAAUAACCAACACAAGGAGUGUGCCAUCGAUGCCUCAAUUAAUUCCCAACCAAAAGGUUGCGGUACAAAUGUGUCUUCGCACGAUUAUACUUAUAAUUGUAGGUUUUGAACUACAAAAUGAUUCAAUUUUUGUUGUUAUAGGGUCUAGAAAGAAGAAAUGUCUGUCAAAUGAAGAAAUUUCUGAAAAUUAUUUUGGAGAAUCUCUUGAGAAAUUUUAGUAAGGAGCUUUCGGGAUGCUCCACAAUGUAAGGGCAUUGUUACGCAAAAAAGUUCAUAUAAAAUUGUUCAAAUGCUGGUUCUAUACUGAAACCUGAAGCAUUUUAAAUACAAACAGAGAGCUUUAAUAAUUGUGUCACUAACUUUUCCUUUAAAGUUUAUUGGAAGCUGAAAUAUAAGCUUAUCAGCUAAAAUCUUUGAUUAGAGCUAGUUCUAAAUACCCUCAAUACCUACGAAAAAAGAAAUAGAAAAUUGUGAAUCAAAAUAAGUAUUAUUUUGUUUUAUUUUAGCGGAUUUAUUUAUUGUGACGUUUCGGGCAUUGAGAGGACUUCAUCAGGCCUACAAAAGUAUUUUAAAAUUAUUAUUUUAAAACUUUAAGGAAUUGCUAAAUCGGAGUGGCAGUCAAUAUAAUGAUUUAGCAAUUCCUCACACUCUACGGAGUCAUUAAAAAUUACUCACAAUUCUUAAAACUUUAAAGAAAAUUCUCCCUGAUUUACAAUCUUUAAAAUAACUCCGUAAACCGGAUAUCUUUUAUCCUGUAUUUCAUAGAAUAAUUUUGUGAUUUAUUAAACGGCCAUACCACACCCAGCGACCUGAUAAUUUUUCUAUUUCAUUCAAUACCUAGCAAUGCUUACAUUUGACCUAUUGAAAAAAUAUUUGAGUUACCUAUAUAAGGCAAAAGAAUUGAAUAAGGACAAUCAGUUGUGGUCAUCAGGAAAUACGGAGCGUUAAAUUCUGGUUCAAUUUUGGUCCAAUUCUCGGCAUGGAUAUCGAAAAAUUAAAUUUCAAGAAGACAAUCUCAUUCAUCAAUGUCAUCUAUCUCACGAUUGGUGAUUAACUUAUUAAAAAAUAAAAUUUCUCAAUAGAAUUUUUAAAAAUUCUUCGUCUUUUUGGUCUUAACAGGAUAUCCACCGUGCAAUGAAUUUAGUAAAGCGAAAUUCUUGGAUAAACUCCGUCGAAAUGCCUUUUUCAUCGUUCUCUACUCAUGGGGAGUACUCAUGACAAUCGGGACGCUUCUACGGAUGUACCUGACUACGUCAGAAGUCUUCAAUAUCUGGGAAGUAUUGUCUCAAAUUGUUGUUGGUUCGUAUUUUGCCGUUGCAAUGGCCAAGAUGUUGGACAUUGUCAAGAAUCGCAACAAUUUGGCGGCAAUUCUGCAGGAAUUCGAACGUCUGUGGCCGAGUAAAGUUAACACGGUGAAUGAGAAGGAUAUCGUUGAGAGGUACAUGAUGAGAAAUACAAUUUGGAUGACAAGGUAUGCAUACCUGUCCAUUAGUUGUUUCCUCACCGUAAACUCCACACCACUCUUCAUAAUGCUCAUUGAAUACCUCACGGGUGGUAAUGCUAAGCUCUUGCUACCCUUCAGUGCGUGGUUUCCGUAUGACGAAUUCAAUCCCAAAAUCUAUCCCUUCACCUACAUCUACCUCUUCUACGGAUCUCACGUUGGAAGUGCUUCAUCAAUUUGUUUUGACGUCCUCUUCUGUAUCCUACUUUCGCACCUAAGUAUGCACUACAAACUCCUACAAGAAGAGAUUUCGGCUUCUGUGAAGAAUAUCAAAACUGACGGUAGUGAAACAUUGGAAGAUAACAUGAGGAAUGAAGUAACUCUGAUGAAGUGCAUUGAAAGGCAUCAGCUACUUAUUGGGAUUCGUUACAAGAUUGCCUACAUCUUCACCAAUACAAUCUUCUUCAAUUUCUCCUGCAGCACAUUCAAUAUGUGCAUUGUUGGGUUCUUCUUUAUGAUCCAGGAAAGUGCUGGGAAGACUAAAUUCAUGAUUAUGUUUGCCACACUCAUGUCACAGAUAUUUCUCCUCUGCUGGUAUGGGCAGGAAUUGCUGGAGAAUGUAAGGAACUUCCCCCAAAAAAAAUGUUCUCAAGACUCAAACGAUCCUUUCCUUGAUUUUCUUUUGAUUUAUUUUUCAGAGCUACAGCUUAAGUGAGGCAGCCUACAAUUGCUCUUGGUACGCAUCAACGCAAAAAUUCCGUAAAAUGAUCCUGUGCAUCAUGCAACGCAGUCAGAAGGCCGAAAAAUUAAUUGCAAUGAAAUUCUGGGAAAUUUCUCUAAGCAGCUUCUCAACACUUCUCAGUGCAUCAUGGUCCUACUUUGCUCUCCUCAAUACCAUCAUCGGGGAACUUUCUGAAAAACCCCAGGGGGGUCUUCUGACGUAAACUAUAUAAUAUGAACCUUCUUGCUGAGCCACCAUUUGAGGCAAAUAAACUUCUAUAAAGAAGAUUUAUCGUGGAGUGAAAGUAUGUAUUACUUUUUGCUGGAUUUUACGUUGAUCGUUGCGCAGAAAAUUUUUAUUGGUGACAUGCGAAAUAUUAUUUGCGCAAAGAAACUUCUUUUGCACAUAUUUCAAAUUGUUCGUUUCGGAUUUUAGUUCAAAUAAAACAUAAUUAUUUCCUCGGUGGAGCAUAAAUUUUUAACUAUAAGUUGUCGUUUAGUUAUUAAAAAAUAUGUUUGCGUGAAAACAAUAUUUCCGUUAAAUUUUUAAAUUUAAACUGAAGGGCAAGAAAUUGUUUUUCGUGACAGUUAAAUUUUGUAAUUUAAUCGUUUCACGAAGCUUUGAUUAGUUUUUCCAACAUAAACCUCAACGCACGAAGAAAAAUUAUUUUCAUUUUCUGGAAUUAUUUGACUCUAAAGAAAAACCGAAUCUUAACGGAUUUAAAAAAUUCUUUCUAUGAGUUUCUCUAAAAAAAUCAAAAUUGAAGAAUUCCUUUUCCCCUUCACGAAGAAACCUGAGCAUGAAAUAUAUAUUCUCAAAACAUUGACCUUCUCGCGAUUGACCCAUUUUGACCUGCUGACAAAAAAGACACUUUUAGCAAUGUGGGAGGCAGAAUACUGGCGGAAAUUCUCAAAUUACCACCACAAACCUCCAAAAAGAACAAAAAAAAUUCCAAAGAAGCCAUUCAACAAAAAGGUAAAACUCCAACACACACGAAGGAAAAUGUUUUCAUGAAAUACAAACCCCGAGAAAGAGAUUUCUUAAUGGAGAACCACAAAUCAAUGGGAUAGCUUCAAUUUAUAAUGGAAUACGAUAAAAUCAACGCAGCGCGAAAGAAGCCGGCAUCAGCAUGUUGUCUAAACUUGCGAGAAUAUUUUCUUCAAUAUCAAUUUGGUGUACUUUCAAUGGGCAAAAAUUAAUUAUAUGGGCAUUUUUUUCCAGUGGAAUCUCGUUGAAGUCAAUGGAACUUACGGAACUUCAUGAAAGAAUAAUUUGAGGUUAGGAAUUUUUCUUUCAAAAGGACGCCUAAAGAGUCAUAAGACCGACUUUGGAUUUUUUUUGCCCCUCACUCCGGGU